GUGGUCAAUUUACUUUCGACUCAACAGUCGAAAUGAAGAUGGCCGCCGAGGUGAGGUGGCUUUUAAUUUUUCAUGUAUUUUUGGUAAUUAAUACGGUACUCGGCGACAUACCUCAUCGGAAAUUUGAAUACAAGUACUCGUUCAAACCACCGUAUCUCGCACAAAAAGAUGGCAGUGUGCCUUUCUGGGAAUACGGAGGAAAUGCAAUCGCGAGUGCAGAAAAUGUGAGAGUAGCUCCAUCAUUGAGAAGUCAAAAAGGUGCAAUAUGGAUCAAACAGCCAGUUAACUUUGACUGGUGGGAAGUAGAGUUAAUAUUUAGAGUAACAGGAAGAGGAAGAAUUGGAGCAGAUGGUUUAGCAUUUUGGUAUACUAGUUCGAAGGGGGCUUACAAUGGCACUGUCUUCGGCAGCGUUGAUCAGUGGAAUGGUCUUGGACUCUUCUUUGAUUCAUUCGAUAAUGACAAUAAACAUAAUAACCCUUACAUCAUGGCUGUUCUCAACGAUGGCACGAAGAUUUUUGAUCAUUCUAAUGAUGCUGCAACACAAUUGUCUGCUGGUUGUUUGCGAGACUUCCGUAACAAACCAUUUGCAACAAGAGCAAAAAUUGAAUAUUACCAGAACAUUUUAACAGUACUAUUCCACAAUGGAAUGACAAAUGACGAUCAAAGUUAUGAAGUAUGUUUCCGCGUUGAAAACGUAGUUUUACCGAAAGGUGGAUACUUUGGAGUUUCUGCUGCUACAGGUGGUUUGGCUGACGAUCAUGAUGUAUCUCAUUUUUUGACGCAUUCUUUGUAUCCUCCUGGUCAAGUGCAAUAUGAUGGGCAAAAAGUUUCUAUGGAGGAGCAGCAAAAGCUUAGUCAAGAAUAUAUGGAUUACCAGAAAAAAUUAGAUCAACAGAAAGAGGAUUAUCGCAGGGAACAUCCUGAAGCACGCCGUGAAAAAGAAUUUGAGGAAUACUUUGAAACUGACAAUCAAAGGGAACUGUUACAAAUUUAUUCUGGCUUAAGUCAAGUGUAUGAUUCUUUACGUGAACUCAAUAAAAAAUCAGAUGAAAUAAUUGGAAGGCAGGAACGAUCACUCAGUUUAAUAUCUCAGCUUCAAGUAGGAGGUAUACAAGCAACAGGUGGCCAACCAGGUCAACAAGUUCAAUUAAUUGACACAAUACGGCGGCAAGAAGUUGACACUUUAUUGGCAAAUCAAAAUGCUAUACUGAAUACAGUCAGAGAAACUAAAUCUUUCGCGAAUGAUAUAUACACUAAGACUGAUACCAUUCUUAACAACCAAGCUCGUGCUCCGACUGCUCAAGUGCAACCGAUGGGAUACGAAUACCAUUCACUCAUUUCUGAAAUACAAGAGGGGCUCAAAACGUUAAAGAGAGAGGUUGGACAAGUAAACACUAAACUAAAUAGUGGCGGUGGAGAUUGUCCUACAACAAAUUGUUUAACAACAACAAUGUUCUUAUUAUUUGUGGCACUUCAAAUGGUGAUUUUGUUUGCAUACAGUAUGUACCGGGACAAUAAGGAAGCACAGGCGAAAAAGUUAUAUUAAUAAUUGGUUUUUGAACGUACAGUAAAAGAAGCAAAAAUACAGAUAACAAGUUCUGUCCUUGCAUACUGACUCAAUGUUUAUAUCCAUGAAAUAUGCAUUUUGUUGAACAUUUGUAUAAUAAAUGCAUUCUUCAUCCGAGUUAGACCUAACGAAAUAGCAGAGAGCGAUAAAUACUCUCUAGGCGCGAUGAAAAAUCACUUCACUCAGCUUGGUAUAAUUCAGUCGAGUCAAUAAAUUUUUUCAGCGUAUGAUUUUUUUAUAAGUGCGAAUCAUAGACAUAUAGAGACAAAGAUGACAAAAUGUGAACGUUAUAUUAAAAAUAAAAGAAAAUAUUGGAGAUACAAUUAUGAAAAUUGGAAUAAGACAUGCUUUGUCGUGUAGUUGUUUAGGGGAUUGUUGUGUAUAAUAUAUAUUUUUUUAUUGUCUUUCAUCAAGAAUAUCUCGCGUAAUGCGCACAUGCAUUUUUUGCGCAUUUCGUUUAUUAACAUCUAUCACUACUUUCUUUUUCUGACAUAAAGAUUUUUUUUGUAGCGUCACAUGGGAUAUAUUGUAUAAAUGUUAUGUGAUUUUCUCUGUCUCUCUCUCUUUUUAAUUGGGAAUCGGCAUACCGAGAAUUGAAAUCUACGAUUUUCGAUUGGAGGAAUUUGAUAAUCCUCACCAGUUAUACAUUCUUGUAUAAGAUAUUUAUUGAUCUGGUAUUACAUUCCCUUAGAUGAGUGAUGGUAUAGGUAAGGUUUGCAUUUUGAAUGUGACAAAUACUUCGGAAUAAAGAACAUAAGAGAUGAACGUGGCUCUAUCGAAUUCAAAAGACGAGUGACUUUAUACUUCGCAUAUUAUCCGUGAUGUCGAACAAUCAUAACGUUCUCAAAUCUGUAAUAAAAAUGAAAGAUCGAAAUGAUUUUGUUAAGGUAACAUGUACUUUGUAAGUGUAUACGGUAUAUCGAGUAGCAAGCAUAGGAAGAACUAAAAUUAUUCGCAAACUCGGUAUUCCUAUCAAUCUUAUUGCAUUUGUAAAAGUUUAUGAAAGAUUGUAAAUGUAUAAUGAAAUAUAUCUGAUAAUAAAAACAUUAAUGGAAAAAACAGAAA